AUGGAUUUCGCGGUAAAUUUUUGCGUUACAACUGACAUUUGUUGCGCUCUCACUCUACUAACAUGCCGAAAAUUUUUACUUUCAUUAACAUGGAGAUAACUUGUAAAUUAAAAAUUGGAAAAUUUGCUAACAAGAAGAAGGUAAAAUACUGUAAAAAUUGUUUUUAUAAGCUAUUUCGGGCUUGGUUUUGUUUUUUUGAACUGUUUCUGAUUCGAUUUUUUGUGGAUUUUUGAUGGAAAUUGCGAAAUUUAGUUGAGCAUGGAUUAUGAAAACGAUCCAGGAUGGAAAUAUCUUCGACGAACCCGCGAACAGAUCUUGGAGGUAAGCGUUUUUGAUUUUCUAAUGACUAUAAAUGAGGUUUUUGCAAUUCCAGUUAGGUUUCCGUCGAUAAACUUUGAGAAAGGCGGUCAAAAUGAUCCCGAAUAUGGUAUCAAAAAGUAUCACAGAGAGGCAAAAUUUUCAUGCUGGAUUUGAAGCCCAAUUUGGCAGAAAAUUGCCUCCGCAGUCUAGCAAAAAACUUGUUCCAGACAGCUUUUGCAAUAACAAGAUUUUUACAAAGUUUCCUGAACGCUUUCAGCUGACAAAAAGAUCGAAAAAGAGAUCAAAAUAACCUCGAAUUUGGUAUCAAAAAGUAUCCCAGAGCCACAAAAAGAUGAUUGGUUUUGAAGAGGAAGCUUUAACAUUUACCUAGCACUUUAAAAAUGGCUGAAAAGGCAUUCCAUCGACCUUUAUCUUCUCAAAAAAAAGGAUUAUUUUUUUGAAGAGAAAAGGUUGUUGUAAUGACCUGUUGAGGCAUUUUUGUCGUCGCAAAACGUCCGUUAUAAACCGACAAACUGCUUCCUCUUCAAAACCAACCAUCUUUUUGUGCCUCUUGGAUACUUUUUGAUGACAAAUUCAAGGUCACAUUGGCCUAUUUUUCGAUUUUUUUUUGUCGGCUGAAAGCGUUCAGGAAAUUGUGUAAAAAUCUUGUUAUUCAAAAGCUGGCUGGAACAAGGAUUUUUGCUAGACCGCGGGGGCAAUUUUCUGCCAAAUUGGGCUUCGAAUCCAGCAUGAAAAUUUUGUCUCUCUGUGAUACCUUUUGACACCAAAUUCGAGGUCAUUUUGACCGCCUUUCUCAAAUUUUCUCGACUGAAACCGGAAUUUUUUUCGAGUUUUUUGUCGGCUGAAAACGGUCAGGAAGUUGUGUAAAAACCUUGUUAUUACAAGAGUUGUACACAAGGUGGCUGAAACAAGGAUUUUUGCCAGACCACAGAUGCAAUUUUCUGCCGAAUUGGGCCGUUUUACAACUUCUCCAUUAUGAUGCGUCAUUUCAAUCCCAUUCCAGGAUCAAUCCAGGCCCUACGACACAAAAAAGGAUUGCUGGGUGCCGGACGAGGAGGAGGGCUAUGUGGCGGCCGUCAUCAAGUCCACCAACGGCGACCAGACUGUCGUCCAGAUCGCGGGCGGCACGGAGCGAACGGUGAAGACCGACCAAAUUCAGGAGAUGAACCCGCCCAAGUUCGAGAAGUGCGAGGACAUGUCCAACUUGACCUUCUUGAACGACGCCUCCGUUAUGGCGAAUCUGCGCAGCAGAUACGGCGCCAUGCUGAUUUACGUAGGUUUGAGUGGUUUUAUGCGCGGUUUGGUGGGGUCUGGAUGUUGUACAUGACAUUAGGGGCUAAGAAAGGAAAAUAAUGUGGAUUUAUCAGUCUGUCGGGAAAAUAAUGUGGAUUUAUCAUUCUGUCGGGAAAAUAAUGUGGAUUUAGUAGCCCGUCGGGGAAAUAAUGUGGAUUUAUCAGUCUGUCGGGAAAAUAAUGUGGAUUUGUUGGACGUUGAAAUCGCCAAUUAUCGCUUUGUAACGGCUGGCUGGAGAUUUGGUGCGAGACAUUUUUCUGCGACAAAUCCACAUUAUUUUCCCGACAGACUGAUUUUUUUUAAUAACAAUUCCUCGGAAUGUCAGCUUCAACUGAGUAAAUUCAGCCGAGUUAUUCGACAAUCUUUGCGGACGAGACAUAAUGAAAAAUGAGGAGGCGGUCAGAGAAAAGUUUUUUCGUCAGACCUUAUACAGUGACGGACCUGAUCCAGCGGCAAAAAACGUAUCAUUUUGCAUCCGGGAAGUAUCAAAAAAUGUGGCAAAAUACCUCCCUCGCCAACUAAAAAAAUCUCCGUUUUGAAGGGCUCUCAUAAAAAGAGCGGGCGGGCUUUUGAAAUCGGAGUUUUUUCACUUGGAGAGGGAGGUAUUUUGCCACAUUUUUUUGAUACUUCCGGGAUGCAAAAUGGUAUAUUUUUUGCCACUGGAUCAGGUCCGUCACGGUAUAAGGUCUGACGAAAAAACUUUUCUCUUACCGUCUCCUUAUUUUUCAUUAUGUCUCGUCCGCAAAGAUUGUCGAAUAUCUCGGCUGAAUUCCCUCAGUUGGAGCUGAAAUUCCGAUGGAUUGUUAUGCAGUCCAUUUAGAUUAUUGCUCUAAAGUUUGAGGAAUUUUCGAAGGGUACCGUUUGAGAAUUUCAAAAAAUUAUUUUUGAUAUCGACCCUCGCCUAAAACAAUGUCUUUCCAGACCUAUUCCGGUCUGUUCUGCGUGGUGAUCAACCCCUACAAACGGCUGCCGAUCUACACCGACUCGGUGGCGCGCAUGUACAUGGGGAAGCGGCGCACGGAAAUGCCGCCCCACCUGUUCGCCGUCUCCGACGAGGCCUACCGCAACAUGCUGCAGAACUUUGAGAACCAGUCGAUGCUGAUCACCGGCGAGUCGGGCGCCGGCAAGACCGAGAACACGAAGAAGGUCAUUUCGUAUUUCGCGUCGGUGGGCGCCUCGCAAGCCGAGCUGGACAGCGGCGGCAAGAAGAAAGAGGACGACGGGGAGAAGAAGAUCACGCUCGAGGACCAGAUCGUCCAGACCAACCCCGUGCUGGAGGCGUUCGGAAACGCAAAGACGGUGAGAAACAAUAAUUCGUCGCGUUUCGGAAAGUUCAUUCGAAUCCAUUUCAAUCGGAUUGGAAGAGUCGCGUCUUGCGACAUUGAACAUUGUAAGUUUAAUGGAAAAACUCUCAUAAGUUUUGUAAAAUAUAUGUUUGUUGUGAAAAAAUUUGUUUUUUGGACGUGCAGAGGGUCCAGGAUAAUUGUAGAACUAGCAGGGACAUUUAGCCGAUCGGGUGGGGUAAGGGCGGACCAAAAAAGAAAAAUUUUUCUAAGGUCCACCCUUGCCAUAUUUAUUGUCAGGAGCGUAUGAAAAUUAAUUAUGAUGGAGUCAGAAGGAUAAUCGAUCGAAAUUCGAUUAAAAAAUAUAUGAAGAAAGAUCAAAAACAAUCAAAUUUUCACCUUAUAUUAGACUUGGUCUAGUGUAAUAUAAAUUUAAUAUUUUUGUCUAAAAUUCGUAGAGUGUUUGUUGUAAAAAGUGUCAGAGGGAUGUAUUAUUUCAGUGGUAGGUCUAGGAAGCUGGAAAGUGAAAAAAAAAUUGGGUGGGGCAAGGGGAGACCAAAAAUCAGAGAUUUUUUUUUUGCUUUACCCUUACCACAGGCUUGCUAAAACAGAAUUUUUUGUGGUAUUAGAUGAUGUUUGAAGCCUGUUAGAAGCACUUAGAAUCGAUAAUAAAACAAGGCGAGGUUAAAAUCAAAUAAUUUUUAAAUUUCUUCCCACUUGACCUAGUACAAUAUAAUUUCUUCACCAAAUUAACCAAAAAAUCUCCAAAAUUGAUUUAGAUCUGCUCGAAAAGUCGCGUGUGAUUCGUCAAGCGCCGGGCGAGCGUUGCUACCACAUCUUCUACCAGCUGUUCUCGGGCUACAAGCCCGACCUGCGCAAGGCCCUGCUCCUGGAGCAGGACGUCAGCGAAUACUGGUUCAUCGCGCAGGCCGAACUCACCGUGGACGGAAUCGACGACAAGGAGGAGCAUCAGCUCACCGAUGAUGCCUUCAGAAUCCUCAAUUUCAGCGAGCGCGAAAUCGAGGAGUGCUACAAGCUGAUGGCCGCCAUGCUGCACAUGGGCAACAUGAAGUUCAAGCAGCGCCCCCGCGAAGAGCAGGCCGAAGCCGACGGCGUGGAGGAGGCGGGUCGUGCCGCUCAAAUGUACGGAAUUGACCGCGACGAGUUCAUGAAGGCGCUGCUGAGGCCCCGUGUGAAGGUCGGCACCGAAUGGGUGAACAAGGGCCAGAACAUGGAGCAGGUGAACUGGGGAAUCGGCGCCAUGGCCAAGGGCCUCUACUCGAGAGUGUUCGAUUGGCUGGUCAAGAAGUGCAAUGAGACCCUGGCGUCGAGCGGAUUCAAAAAAGAAUCCUUCAUCGGUGUGCUGGAUAUUGCUGGCUUCGAAAUUUUUGAUGUAAGCGGGCUGGUGGAAUAUAAAAAAGGAACUGGGCACGUCAAUUCGCGAAAUUAUCGGCACUUUUUCCCGCCCGAAAUAAUUGCUUUUCCUCGAAAAGGGAGAAGAAAGAUAAGAAAAUGCUUUUUAUCGGAUUGUGACAUUUCGUUUUGAACGAAUCACCAAAAAGGGGCGGGAUUUUUUUUUUCUAUUUUGGAUUGACGUGCUGGGAUGAUUGGGGAAAAAGACGAUUGGGAAACCCUUCAAAAUUUCAAAUUUUUUAAAAAUCAAAAAAAAAUUUCAAUUCAUCGUGUUUUGUCUCGAAAUAGCCCGUUUAGGGGGUAAUUCUUCUUUCUACCAAAUAAAAUCGGUUUUUUGAUGCAAAGUAUCCCGUUUUUCCGACAUUUUUUACAUCGAAGUUGGACGAUCGGGGAAAAGUAUUAUUUUUCUUGGAUGCAAGUGUGAAGUUAGGAUAAUCGAGGGUGGUGGUUUCGAAAAUGACAUUCAUUUCUUUUGAUCUUCACUUUUUCCUUAAGUAGUACUGUAAACUAGCAAUUUUUUUCAUGAAUACUCGAUUUGGUUGUUUUUUAUGAUGGUGUGCUUUCAAAUCGAAAGAAAAUCAAUCAAAUUUUCGAAAUCAGCACCAUUGAAAGCCCCUAAAUCGAAUAUUAAUGAAAAAAAAUCAAAGAAGUACUAUUUUACAGUACUACUUAUGGAAAAAAGUAACUAAAUAAAUGUCAUUUUCGAAAUCAGCGCCUUCGAUUAUCCUAAUUUCGCAUUUGCAUCGAAGAAAAAUAAUAAUUUUCGGUUUCCCCAAUCGUCCAACUCCGAUGUAAAAGAUAUCGGAAAAACGGGAUUUUUUGUAUCAAAAAGCCGAUUUUGUUUGGUAAAAAGAAGAACUACCCCCUAAUGAGGCUAUUUCAAAGUAAAAUACGAUGAAUUGAUUGUGAGUAAAAUUUUUUUUUUUGAUUUUUACAAAAAAAUAAACUUUUUGAAAUUUCGAAUUUUCAGUUCAACUCCUUCGAACAACUGUGGAUCAACUUCGUCAACGAGAAGCUGCAACAAUUCUUCAACCAUCACAUGUUCGUCCUGGAGCAGGAAGAGUACGCUCGCGAGGGAAUCCAAUGGACUUUCAUUGAUUUCGGUCUCGACUUGGCUGCUUGCAUUGAGCUGAUCGAAAAGGUAAGAAAUGAUGGCUAAAAGGGGGAAAAAAGGCUGUAUUUGUGAAUGUUGAAGAAUUUGUAAGUCUAGGACACUAUUUUUGGCCAAAAUUUUUUUUGAAAUUCGAAAAAUUUUUUAUCCGAAAAAUUUGAUUUUUUCGAAAAAAAAAAUUUUUUUUUUGAAAUUAAAAAAAAAAUUUCAAAUUUCAGCCCAUGGGCAUCAUUGCCAUGCUGGAUGAAGAAUGUAUCGUCCCCAAGGCGUCCGACCAAACCCUGGCCGCCAAACUCCUCGAACAGCACCUGGGCAAGCACCCCAACUUCGAGAAGCCCAAACCGCCGAAGGGAAAGCAGGCCGAGGCCCAUUUCGCGAUGCGCCAUUACGCCGGCACCGUCCGCUACAACGUCACCAACUGGCUGGAGAAGAACAAGGACCCGCUGAACGACACGGUGGUGACGGUCAUGAAGGCGUCCAAGGAGAAUGUGCUGUUGGUGGAGCUGUGGGGCGAUUACACCACACAGGAGGAAGCGGCCGCCGCUGCUGCCAAAAACAAGGGUGAGAGAAGGCGGAAAGUUAAAAAUAAUGCCUUACAUAUGGCUAUUGGGCCAAGAAUUUUUGAAGUUUUUGAGGCUUUUUAAAAUUUUCAGGUUUUCGUGUCGAGACCAAAUUUCGGAAAUUUUUGAGGCAUUAAUCUUCAAUGAGGCCUGGUGGAAAUUGAGACAUAAAAUUUUUAAAGCACAUAUAACUUUUUUUUAUUUGAAAGGUUGGGUUUUAUCCCAUUUAAACCUUGAAUUCCAAAAUUUUGGGUCCCGACACGAAAACCGUAAAAUUUUUCAAACUCAAAAAUAAGCUAUGAAAUGGAUAGAAAACGUAUCCUAGAGUGUUGUGCAACUAAAACUAUGUUUUCUUCGUUUGCCAAGCAAAAAUUUUACCAAAAAAUGAAAAUUUUUCGAAAAUUUUAAUAUUCCUUUCGCAGGUGGCGGCGGAGGAGGCAAAAAGAAGGGCAAAUCCGGCUCCUUCAACACCGUCUCCAUGCUGUACCGUGAAUCCCUAAACAAGCUGAUGGACAUGCUGCACACCACCCACCCGCACUUCAUCCGUUGCAUCAUCCCCAACGAGAAGAAGCAGUCGGGCGUGCUGGACGCGGCGCUGGUGAUGAACCAGCUGACCUGCAACGGUGUGCUGGAAGGCAUCCGCAUCUGCCGCAAGGGCUUCCCCAACCGCACGCUGCACGCGGACUUUGUCCAACGCUACGCGCUGCUCGCCGCCGACCAGGCCAAGAGCAGCAAAGACAUCAAGACCAACGUGGAGGCGAUGCUGAAGCGGCUGGUGCAGCAGAAGGACCUGGAGGAGGACAUGUUCCGCGUGGGCACCACCAAGGUCUUCUUCAAGGCCGGCGUCGUGGCGCAUGUGGAGGAUUUGAGGGACAAAAAGUUGAACCGUUUGCUCUCCGCCUUCCAGGCCGAAUGCCGAUGGUAUUGCGCUUUGGUAAGGAGGGAAAAGCAGUGGAUUUUUUGGCGGAAGGCUGCUCUAGAAUGAUUUGAUUGUUUUAUUUGAAAAGAUUGCCAGCUUUGUCAUUCCAAACACUGCAGAAAAUCGAAUUUCUGACAAGUUUCGGCCGAAAAAUCGGCAAUUUCCGACAAGUUACAAAUCUCGUAAAUUUCGUGGAAAACUCGAAUCCAUGGAAUUGCCAAACAUUAGAGAGUUUUCUGCGAAAUUUACGAGAUUUUCUAACUUGAAACUGUGGGAAAUUGCCGAAUUUUUCAGCCGAAACUUGUUAGAAAUUCGACAGUGUUUGGAAUGAAAAACUGGCAAUCUUUUCGAAUAGAACAAUCAAAUCAUUUGGGGACAGCCCUAAACUUCUCGCCGAUCUUCCGAGAAGGAAAAUCACCGAGAAGUUUAGAUCGAAGGUUUCCAAAACCUUUGAGCAAGCGUAAGAAAUCUCACGCCGGAUUUGCAGAUCAAAGCCAAGGAUCUGCGCGCGCAGCAGGAUCUAAUCUACGUGAUCCAGCGCAACGUGCGCUCCUGGCUCGAGCUGCGCACCUGGGUGUGGAUGAAGCUGUACGGCAAGGUGAAGCCGCUCCUGGCCGCCGGCAAAGAGGCCGAGCUGCUGGAGAAGGCGCAGGAGGACCUGGUCAAGACCCAAGAGUCGCUGGAACAGGAGGUGGAGACCCGCAAACGCCUCGAGGAGGAGACCAAACGCAUGAAGGAGGAGCGCGAAGAGCUGCUCAAGUCGAUGGAAGGCGCGGUCGGCAAGACACAGGAGGUCCAACAACGCCUCGAAGGCCUCACCGAAGCCAAGGAGCGCCUGCACAAGAACAUGGAGGAUCUGGGAAAUCAGCUGUCCUCGGCCGAAAACCACACCGCCUCCCUGCAGCAGGCGCGCAAAAAGGCCGAGCAGGAGGUGGAUGUGCUGAAGAAACAGACCACCGAAAUGGAAUUAGCCCUAAAAAAGGCGGAAAGCGAGAAACAAGCCAAAGAAAACCAAAUCCGCUCCAUCGAGGACGAGCUGCAGCGCCAGGAAAUGACGCUCGCCAAGCUGGAGCGCGAAAAGAAACAACAGGAGGAGAUGAACAGCAAGUUCAUGGAGGACAUGCAGAACGAGGAGGAGCGCGCCCAGAGCGAGGAACAGUUGCGCAAAAAGUUGCUCGACACCCUCGAAACCGUCGAAAGCGACCUGGACCGCGAACGUCGCGUGCGCUCCGACACCGAAAAAGCCAAACGCAAGCUGGAGGGCGAGCUGCGGAUCGCGCACGAAAACCUCGACGAACUCUCGAAGCAGAAGACCGACGCCGAGAACUCGCUCCGCCGCAAAGAAGCCGACCUCUUCUCGCUCAGCAUCAAGGUGGAGGACGCGCAAACCAACGCCGCCAAACUCAGCCGCCAACUCAAGGAGAACGAGAACCGCAUCAAGGAGCUGGAGGCGGAGGUCGAAAGCGAGCGCCAGGCGCGCGCCCGCUCCGAGCGCUCCAAGACCGAGCUGCAGCAGGAGAUCGACGAACUCCACGAACAACUCAACCAACAGAGCGGCGCCACCAUGCAGCAAAUGGACCUGAACAAGAAGCGCGACAACGAGCUAGCGAAGCUGCGCCGCGAAAUCGACCAGCUCAAGAUGAACUUCGAGUCCCAGUCCACGGCGCUGAAGAAGAAGGGCCAGGACGCGACCCUCGAGCUCACCGAGCAAAUCGAGAACGUGAUGCGGGCCCGCAACCGCGCCGACAAGGAGCGCGCCCAGCUCCAAAAGCAGCUCGACGAAGCCACCUACACGCUGGACGACGAGGCCAAACAACGCGUCGAAUUCGAGCGACACGCCAAACAAUUCGAAGCGCAGCUGGUCGAGUUGCGCCUCAAGAACGAGGAGCAGCAACGCCUCAUCAAGGACAUCGGCUCGGCCAAGUCCCGACUCCAGAGCGACAACGGCGAGCUGUGCCGCAAUGUGGAGGAGCUGGAGGCCCAGAUCACGGCCACCACCCGUCUGAAGGCCCAGUACGCCGCCCAGGCGGAGGAGUUCAAGCGCCUAGCCGCCGAAGAGACCCGUCAACGACAGUCGUUGAAUAUUCUCAGCAAGAACCUGGAACACGAGCUGGACCAAAUCCGCGACUCGCUGGAGGAGGAGAUUGCCGGCAAGUCGGACCUGCUGCGACAGUUGGCCCGCGAACAGGGCGAAAUCGAGCAAUGGAGAAGCCGCUACGAGAGCGAAGGCAUGGUCAGCGCCGACGAUGCGGACGAACUUCGCCGCAAACAGAUCGCGCAGAUCGCCGAACUGCAGAACGAACUGGACUCGGCGACAGUCCGCCUAGCCAACUUGGAGAAGCAGAAGGCGCGCCUCACCAACGAAGCGGACGCGGCCCGCACCGAGUGCGACAUCCUCCAACAGCAGGCCGCCCAACUGGACAAGAAGCAGCGCGCCUUCGACAAGAUUGUCGACGAAUGGCGACACAAGGCCGACGACUUGCAGAACGAACUGGACGCCGCCCAACGCGAGGCCCGCACCCAGGCCAUGGAGGCGCAUCGCCUGCAGUCCACUCAGGACAGCCUCACCGAACAAGUGGAGGGACUGCGCAGAGAGAACAAGACCCUGGCGCAGGAGGCCCGCGACCUGCAAGAACAGCUGAACGAGGGCGCCCGAUUGAUCCACGAACUGCAAAAGGCCCAACGCCGACUCGAAGUCGAAAAGGACGAGCUCCAGCACGCGCUGGAUGAGGCCGAAGCCGCCCUGGAAGCGGAGGAAUCGAAGGUCCUCCGCUCCCAAGUGGAAAUCAACCAGAUCCGGUCGGAGAUCGAGAAACGACUCCAAGAAAAGGAGGAGGAGUUCGAAAACACCCGCAAAAACCACCAACGCGCCAUGGACUCCAUGCAAGCCACCCUCGAGCAGGAGACCAAGGCCAAAGCGGAGCUGGCACGCCUCAAGAAGAAGCUGGAAGCCGACAUCAGCGUAAGCGAAAAAGAUUCUGAUUCCGGGGAAAGCGGGACAGUGACUAGAACGAGAAGCUAAAUUAAGUAUUUUAAGGAGCUGGAGAUUGCGUUGGACCACGCCUCCAAGGCCAACGAGGACGCGCAACGCAACGUGAAACGGUAUCAGGACCAGGUCAAGGACCUGCACAACCAUAUCGAUGAGGAGCAGAGGAAGCGCGAGGAGUUCAGGGAGAGCUACUCCACCACGGAGAAGAAGCUGAUCACCGCCAAACAGGAGCACGAGGAAAUGUUCACGCAGAUCGAGGCGGUGAGUGCGGGGAGGAGCGUUGGAGCAGGGCAAUGCAUGCCAAUUCACGUCAAUCCAAAAUAGAAGAAAAAAUUUCCCGCCCCUUUUUGGCGAUUCGUUCAAAGCGAAAUGUCACCACUCGAUAAAACGCAUUUUCUUAUCUUUCUUCUUCCUUUUCAAAAAAAGCAGUUGCUUCGGGCGAGAAAAAGUGCCGAUAAUUUCGCGACAUUUCGUCUCUCUUUUAAAUCAAUGAAAACGAUACGAAGUUUCGAAACGGUUCAGGAAAUGAGCUGGAUUGACGUGCAAUUUAUUUUCUUCUACAAAAAAUCAAAAAAAUAAUUCGUGUCAAGUGUCUCCCUGGCCCGUUUGGUCAUCUGUUUCCCUCCGCUUAAAACUGAAAGUUUGCUGAAAAUCAUAGGGCCCAGCUCGGAGAACUUGCACGGCGCAGCUCGCGUCUUGGGCGCAGCUCGAAAACAAGCUGAAACUUAGCUCUGGCGAUAAGAGAGGGGUAGGUCAAGAGGGGACCACUUUAAAAACAGAAAAUUAGAGUCGGAAAAAACUUUUUUGAGUAAAAUAUCGAGCGAAUUUCGAUUUUUUUUUGUGAGGUUUUCUUCCGAAAGCCGACGAAAUGUCAAAUUAUUGAAAAUUCAUUAUUUGUUUCAGCUGCAACGCGCCAAGAAGCAGCUCGAAUCCGACUUGAAUGAUCUCCAAAUCGCCAACAACGACCUGCUCGCCGACAAUCAAGCCUUGGCCACGGCCCGCGCCAAGUUCGAGGCUGAGUUGGCUUUGUUGAGGGUAAGAAAUAAAAAAAAUUGUAAAAAUUUUUUUAGUCCGACGUCUCCGAAGCCACCGCCGAAGUGAACGCCGCAAUGGAGAGAGGCAAACGCGCCUCCUCCGAGGCCGCUCAUUUGGCCGAAGAGCUGCGAAACGAACAGGAAAGGUCGAACCAAGUCGAUAGGAUCCGCAAAACUUUGGAAUUCCAAGUCAAGGUGAGAAAUUGUGAAUAUUUCCCCGAAAAUUAACUGUAAUUUGAUUUCAAAAUCAAAUUUCUGCUAAAAUUUUAUCCCGAAAAUAACAGAGUGCACUUUAAUUUGGUUCAUGGUGGUUUCAUGAUUUUUUUGUCAAUUUUUUUCAAAUUCGCGGGUUUUAGAACGAAAAAUUUGGUUUCUUUUUAUUUUUUUAUUACUAUUUUUAUUUCUCAUUUUUUUUUUUUUUUUUUUUUUGAAAAAAUCUAAUUUCCAAUAAACAAUCGGUGGGAAAAAAUCUAAAAAUCGAUGCCAAAUUUUUUUCCAGACUUGAAAUUCCCUUUGGAAUUCGAAAACUCGCCUUUUUUGCCACUUGAAACAGAAUGCCAAAAUUCAGGGAAUGACGGGAAUUUAAAAUUUUUUCAGAAAAAACUAUGAAAUAAGGUUUUAAAAAAUCCGAAAAGUGCACUCAAAUCUCAGAAUAUUUGUUUUUGUCGCAGUUAUUUUUAGUUCCAAUUUUAUUUUUCUUUUAUUUUUUUUUUCUUCUCCUAUUUUUUUGUUCUAUUUCUAGAGCUUGUGUAAUUCGUUGAACAAGGUUGAAGAGACCAAAUUCUUCACUGGAAAGGUAUGAAAUUUGAGUUCAAAUAACAAAAAAGAAAUUUUUUAAUCAUAAUUUUCUUUGAAAAUUUUCAAAAAAAAUUUUUUUUUUUUUCUUUUUAUUAAUUUCUAACGCGCUACAUUUCCCAUCACUCUAACAACUUGAGAUUUUUACAUUUUUUCUCUUCUAGUCCGUCAGCAAAGUCGCUGGAAUGAUUUCGGCGACAUGCACUGUGCAAAUACCAAAGUGCACCCUGCAAUGUGCAAUUUGUUGCUUUUUGCACCGUGCAAUAGACUUUUUUGGGCUGUCGCACCCUGACUUUUUUCGCACAGUGCAUCACUCACUCGUCGCCUGAUUUCUGGCGUUUGCACUGUGCAAAAAAAGUCAGGGUGCGAGCGACAGCCGGAAAGAACUUAUUGCACGGUGCAAAAAACAGCAAAUUGCACGGUGCAGAAAACAAAAAAUUGCACGGUGCAAAGAAUUUUUAGACGAGGCUCACUGUGCAUUUUGCCAUUUUUUGCACUGUGCAGUGCCUGUCGCCUAUUGCACGGUGCAAGAAACAAAAACUUGCACAGUGCAGGUGCACUUUUGUUUUCGCACAGUGCAUGUCGCUAAAUCAUUCCAGCGACAAAUUUUGGAAUCCUUCGAUUGCGACCCCGCUCGAUUGCGACCUCGCAUCGAUUGCGACCCCGCAUCGAUUGCGACCCAAAAUGGGGUAAAGCGACCCCGGGAUGAAAAUUCCUUGAUUCUCUUCGGGAAAAACUUGCUUUAGGGGUUUUCGAGGGUGCUGAUUUCGAAAAUGAUGUUCAUUUUUCCUCUAGUAUUACAUAGUACUGUCUGAUACUAUAUAGUACGAAGUGAAAAUAUCGCUUUUGACGUUAAAUACUCGGUUUAGGGGUUUUCGAGGGUGCUGAUUUCGAAAAUGAUGUUCAUUUUUCCUCUAGUACUACAUAGUACUGUCUGAUACUAUAUAGUACGAAGUCAAAAUAUCGCUUUUGACGUUAAUGGUGUUGGUUUGAUGCUUAGUACUCUUCAAAAACACGUUUUAAAGACUUGGUGCUAUAUAGUACUGUCUGAUACUAUAUAGUACGAAGUCAAAAUAUGGCUUUUGACGUUAAUGGUGUUGGUUUGAUGCUUAUUACUCUUCAAAAACACGUUUUAAUCACUUGGUGCUAUAUAGUACUAUCUGAUACUAUGUAGUACGAGGUGUAAAGUUGGCCUUUAGGCGUUAGUGGUGUUGUUCUGGUGCUUAGUACACUUAUUUUUACUUCGUACUAUAUAGUAUCAGACAGUACUAUAUAGCACCAAGUCUUUAAAACGUGUUUUUGAAGAGUACUAAGCAUCAAACCAACACCAUUAACGUCAAAAGCGAUAUUUUGACUUCGUACUAUAUAGUAUCAGACAGUACUAUGUAGUACUAGAGGAAAAAUGAACAUCAUUUUCGAAAUCAGCACCCUCGAAAACCCCUAAACCGAGUAUUUAACGUCAAAAGCGAUAUUUUCACUUCGUACUAUAUAGUAUCAGACAGUACUAUGUAAUACUAGAGGAAAAAUGAACAUCAUUUUCGAAAUCAGCACCCUCGAAAACCCCUAAAGCAAGUUUUUCCCGAAGAGAAUCAAGGAAUUUUCAUCCCGGGGUCGCUUUACCCCAUUUUGGGUCGCAAUCGGUGCGGGGUCGCAAUCGAUGCUGGGUCGCAAUCGAUGCGGGGUCGCAAUCGAUGGAAUUCACAAAUUUUGGUGUGCACUGUGCAGUUUCUACCUUUUUGCACCGUGCAAAUUUUUUCGGUUGUCGCUCGCGCCCCGACUUUUUUGCACAGUGCAUGUCGCAAAAUUCACUCCAGCGACUUUGCGAACGGACUCAAAAAUAAAAAAAAAUUAUUUUUUUUUCAAUUUCCAGGAGAUGCAAUCCAGAAUUGACGAAGCCGAGCAUUCCGCCUUGAAGGGAGGCCUUCGCGUGGUCUCCAAGCUGGAACAACAACUGAAACAGAUCGAAACGGAGCUGGAGACGGAGGCCCGCCGGCACGCGGAUGCCGCCAAAAACCUCGGCAAAGCGGAGCGACGAAGCCGCGAGACCACCUUCGAGCUGGAUGAGGAGCGCAAAAACUACAACAAGUUGGUCGAUUUGGUCGAGAAAUUGCAAGGAAAGAUCAAGCUGCAGAGAAGACAGAUUGAAGAUGCUGUAAGUGAUGGGGUUUUUUCACAAAGUGACUGAUUUUUUGUCAAAAAAUUAGGAAAACGAGAUUUUUGUUUGAAUAAUCUCAAAAUUUCGAUGAAAAAAUCGGUGGAAAAAAGACUUAAAAAUUGACGACAAAUUUUCUUCUUGGCCUUAAAUUCCCUUUGGAAGUUUAAAACUCACUUUUUUCAGUCCUUGAAACAGAAUGCCAAAACUCAGGGAUUGGCGGGAAUUUCAAAUUUUUUGAGCGGAAAAGACGAAUUAAGAUUUCAAAUUGUAGAAAACAUUUUUUGAUAUGUAUAUGGCAUUUACGAUGGGUUUAGAGAAGCAUUUUCAAUGUUUUCGGGAUUUUUUUUCAAAUUUUGGUCUCGACACGAAAACAUGCUUUUCGAAUUUUUGACUAUUUAACGGUGAGAAAGUAGAAAAUAAAGGUUCUAAGAAUACUAUACAUAAUUUUUUGUUGGUUUUUUACGUUUGAACAACAUUUUGUUAAAAAUUUAGGUCUCGCCACGAAAACAUUUUUUACGAUUUUUCGACUUUUUGACCUUUCGAAACGAAAAAUAAUAGUCCGAAAACUGAUGUGGAAAAUUAUUUUUACAAUAAUUUGAUUUUCCAGGAGGAGGCGGCCAAUAUGAACCUCCAAAAGUACCGUCAAAUGCAAGUCCAAUUGGACGGUGCGGAAGAGCGCGCGGACGUCGCCGAGCACAGCCUGAUCCGAAUGCGCUCGCAGGCCAGACUCAGCAAGUCACAAACUGUACCUAUCAACUAG